GAACGUUUCUUUUGAUUUUGAUCAUUCUUGAUUCAAACAUCAUAAUGGCAUAUUUAUCCUAUAAUUCUAUCAUUUUAUUUUUUGUGUCAGUUUUUUUAUUCAUUAUCAAUGAUGUAAAUGGACAUAAAUGGAAACGAGGUGGAUAUGGUAACAUCGUUAGUACAUCAUAUCUAAAUGAUUGUGAUGGUGGAUGUUAUGGCGCUCAUAGCACUGGUAUUGAUAGUGGUUAUUCAUCAACAAAUUAUCAUCAUAGUUCAUCAUCGCAAACAUAUUCUACAGAAAAAAAAAUUAGCAAUCAUGUCAUCGAAACGAAGCCAGUAAUCAGUGUGCCAGCAACUAUUGUGAGAAAAACAUACGCCGUUCAACCGACUGUAGUAAAAAAAACAUACUAUACACAGCCAACACAUUCAUAUUAUCGUCAGGAUACAGGAUGUGAUAUUAAUCCAUGUGGUGGUGGAUCACAGAUUAUCAAAAUUAUUAAAAAAACUCGCACAUAUACCGGUGAUAAUGGAUGUGGAUAUGAUGAUUGCAAUAAUUAUAAUAAUGGCUAUAUCAAUACCGGAUAUGUUCAACCAGUUGUUGUUAAAAAAGUUACAAGAAUUAUAACACAACCUCAAACAGUUAAAGUCGUUAAAGUUAUUGAUGAUGGAAUUGUUGGUCAUAGUGGUGGUGGUGGAUACAGUGGAACCGGAUCUGCCUGGAAUGGUAAUAGUGGGGGUGGUGGUAUCAAUAGAGGUAAUUAUCAAACAGAUUGCAAAUAUGAUUGUAAUAAAUGGAGAAAAUAAAGAAUUCAAAAAUUUUUUUUAAAAAAACCUCAUCUUUA